GGUCUCACCCCUUCCGGAAGGGCGUUCCCCCUGGUUUUGUUUUACUGCUUGUUGCUUUUGCAUGCAUUUCCAUUCGAUUUUCAUUUCGCAAUUUCAUUUUCCUUUGCCUCUUCCCCUCGGUUCUUCUCCCCUCGUUUUAGCAAGGGUGGAGUUGCAGCGUCGCAUUCCAAGAAAAGUGAAAAUUUGUUGUGUUUUGCUGGCGUUUGCUUUAGUGUUUGUGCGGGGUUUUUAAUGUGUGUGCGAACUGUGUUGUUGUUUGGGUUUUCUAUACCGGGGGUGACAGACUCGAUACCUGAGCGAAUGGAAACAGGAGAUUGUAAACAAAUGAGUACGGCUAGGAAUUGGGGAUAACUUUUAUCGUGUUGGGUGAAAUGACUUUGCUCGUGAUUGGUUGGUGAUCAGUUAACGACAGAUUGUGCCGGUUGAGAAUCAAGGAACAAUUCUUCAAUCGGCCUACGACUCAUCGAUUUCACUACCUCCCGAAACAUGGCCAUACGUAGUACCUUCAUCCAGCACAGCCUCUUCUACAAGUACACCUGGAGAUCACCAAACGACACGUAGACAUAAAUCGACCAUGUUCUCAUUGAUGGUCGGCACUUCUCGGACAUAAUCGACGUCAGAAUCUUCCGUGGCGCGGACAUCGACUCAGACUACCGGGUUGUGGCUGCGCCAACGCCGUUCGAGGUCAACAAGAUCCGGUACCGUCACCCAUAACGGUAUAAUCUGGUGCGACUCAACGAUCACGGGAUCGUUAACCAGUACGCGCGGAAACUCGAAGCUGCGUUGCCUGAUGCAGGUGAGCCAUACGUAGACCGUAUUUGACGAAAAGACUGAUUCGACGAGGAAUGUCAGGCGAAUGUGGCUGCUGCACUACACCCGUGGGAACAAGGAAUCGUACAAACAGUUCAAAGACAGCAAACCCAUUUCUUCCGGGAUUAGAAGUGCCACUUGGAAGAGUUGAAGUUCCAGGACAUGGAACAGCUGUAUCGCUCCAAUGAAACGCGUAAGUUUUACAAGAACCUUAGUCAAUCUUAGACCGGUUUCGCGAGCCAAAAUGUGCCGGGAUGAGGACGGAGGAAUCGUGACGGACAAGCGCGGAGUGGUCGAAAGGUGGAAGCAGUACUUUGGCGAGCACCUGAAUUGCCCAGAAGUUGAUUACCAGAACUCACGAUUUGGGAAGUUAAGGAUGCCAUCAAAAAGCUGACGAACAACAAAACGGCUGGUAAGGGUGGUAUCGGAGCCGAACUCGUCAAGACGGAUCCGGAUAAGUUGGCGAUCUGUCUGCAUCGGUUGAUAGUCAAGAUCUGGGACACAGAACAGGAAAAAAGGCAAGGGGGUUGACACAUCAAAUAUUUUCAUUCGAAUCAUUCUGCUCAUUCCAGAAUUAUUCUGGAAUGAUGCUGGCAUAAACAUGAUUAUUUUGUUUCUAAUUAAUUUUGUUUUUGCGUGUCAGCGAUCAGCAGCUGUCAUUUUAUUGAAGGAAAAGUAAACAUGUUUUGAAAAUCAAACAUUUUCUCGUCAUUCCAGAAUCAAUUCAGAAUGAUCGGCUGGCAACCUAAGAAUCGAGGUUCCAUCAUUCCGUUGAUUCCAGAAUGAAAUCGGAAUAAUAUCUUUGAGCUACAUCAGCGAUGCCCGACUGGCAUUGGUCGAAGUGUUUCUGGAGAAGCCGGUUGGUGCAACAUUAUGGUGCUGCAUCAGAACCGGGCCGAUCGGGGGCCGAAGAACUACCUGCCGGGUUUCCUGGACCUGGUCAUCUGGGGUAACGAGCACAGAAGAUAACCCGGCGUCAGUCAGCCCGGCUCGACGGUGGCUACUUCCCUGGAGGAGGGCGAGUCCUUCGACAAGCGCUGUGGCAUUUUGAGCAUUCACAAAAGUCGGUUCCGGAUGAACCCGAUCAAGCUGCAGACGGUUCGUCUGUUUGUGUUUGAGACGGUCAAUUUGGUGUAGAUCGCGGGCGAGUUGCAAGCUGGACGAGGGAGAAGUUCAACAGAAGGUGCAAAACUUUGCGACGGAGAUGGUCGAAGAGAUGAUUGAGUGGGCGAAGGGAAAGUUGACCGGGAACCAGAAGCAGCCAAAGUUGCCGUUGAUUCGGCCGAGGAUUGAAGUUACCGAGGUGGAGCAGCAGUUUAAUGCGAUCCCGUUCAGACAGGGCUACAGUGGCAGGAUUGCGAACCCUCAAGACAUGGUCACGUUCAAGUGGAAGGACGAGUUGAAACCGCUGGACAACGAUGCGCUGAACGCAGCUUACUAGAAUCAACGAUGAGCGACGGAAAAGCGCGCGGAAGAGGUCGUUCAUCAGUUCAAGAAGGUCAAUCCGGACAAGCAGCUGUAGGUGCUAUCGGCGAAGAGUAUGACUGAGCUGACCCGCAGGAUGGUCGACUACGAGGACGACGACGCGGCGGAAUUUAUUAUCAUGUUCUACGAACGGCAAGCGAUGGCUCACCUGGACGCGGUCGCCGACGCCAUCAACGAGGACAACAUCGACGAGGUGCUGACUGAGUUUUACAAGAAGGAAAAGGACACCUACAACGACAUGCUCAAAAUGUUGGACUCUCGCAUUCAAAAGCGACGACGACGAGUUUUGCUUGAAAACAAAAUCCCGCAACAACUCCACGUCAAACUCCAAGGCGGCGCCACCAACGCCGACGACGACCCGAGGAGGUCGGGGAAGUCGCGGAGGUAGGGGAUCGUGAGCGGCGGUCAAAUCUAGCACUACGGGUCGGGGUAGAGGGAGUCGCGGAGGUAGGGGAUCGUGAGCGGCGGUCAAAUCUAGCACUACGGGUCGGGGAAGAGGGAGUCGCGGAGGUCGUAGGGCGUCGACCAGCAAGAUUGACUCGUUCUCGGUUAGUGCAGCGUCGCCGGCGAAG